AUGACGACGACAUCAGAAACGAUUCGACCGUCGCGAGAAAUGGAGCGCUCGAAAGUUCAGCUGGCGUCCGCCGGAGCCAAGGAGCUGUUUCUGGAAUACUGUAGCAACAGUUCGGUGCACGGAGUUCGAUAUUUCGGAUGCCGGGAACGAUCGCUAUGCGAAAAGUUCUGGUGGGUGGUUGUGUUUGUCCUGUCAGUGGGAAGUUGUGUGAUGUUGAUCCUGAAAACGUACCAAAAGUGGGACCAAACACCGGUGAUUGUGAGUUUUAACGAAAAAUCUACUCCGGUGUGGCAGAUUCCGUUUCCGGCGGUGACCAUUUGUCCGCAGACCAAAGUUAAAAGUGAAAUUUUGAACUUUUCUCGAGAUUUUGGAGAGUUCAUCAACAUGGACUCUGGUGAAGCAGGAGAUUUCAACCGAACAGACUAUCUUUUGACAAUGAUGCAGCUAUGUGAGAGGACGUUUUACACCAUCGUAUUGAGAGAAGCACACUCGCUGCCUAACAAAGCAAGUCACCAAAGUUAUGCCUCGAUUGUCCGCGAAAUGUCUCUUUCAAUGUACCAGAUGAUGGAAUAUUGCAUGAUCCGAAGUGAACUCAAAUUUUGUGAGGACAUGUUUAGCCACACUAUGACCGAAGAGGGUAUCUGCGUGAGUUUUAACCUUUUGUCCGCUGCAGAACUGCUUCGCACCGAUGUUAUUCAGACGGUGGAUCCGUAUUUGUCGGAACAUCAUAAAGCUCCACACUGGACGCUUGAACAAGGAUACUCCUCAGAGGCAACGCUCAGUUCAUACCCCUAUCGAACCCUUGGACCCGGUUACUCCGCAGGCCUUUCACUACUUCUGUUAUCCAGCAACCACGACCUGGACUAUCUCUGCCGUGGACCAGUACAAGCUUUCAAAGUUCUGCUGCACUCUUCCGCCGAGUAUCCACAAGUUUCCCAGAGAUUCGUCCACGUUCCGGUGGAUCAAGAAGUCACCAUCGCCGUAAAACCACAAAUGGUCACAACAACCGAGGGACUUCGCAGCUACACUCCGGAACGCCGCCAGUGCUUCUUCAACAACGAACGGUAUCUGCAGUUCUUCAAAAUCUACACCCAGGACAACUGCGAACUUGAAUGCCUCACAAACUACACUCUUCAGCGCUGCAAUUGUGUCAAAUUCUCCAUGAUGUACGCCAACGACACCCCAGUUUGCGAAACCAAUCAAAUCUAUUGCAUGCUUGAUGCGGAGAACGACCUUCUGGAGAUGGACCUGGUCAGCCAUCAGGACCAGCAGGCGAACUUCCGAGCUCAGUGCAACUGCCUACCGGCGUGCACUUCCAUCCAAUACGACGCGGAAAUCACGCAAACGGACUUCGACUGGCAGAAGUGGAGCCAGGCCAUCGAACUUCCUCUCAAUAGCACCACAGGAAUGCACGUGGCCCGACUGGGAAUCUAUUUCAAGGAGGCGCAAUUCAUGACUUCGAAGAGAAGCGAGCUGUACGGGUUGACCGAUUUCCUGGCCAAUUGCGGAGGGUUGCUGGGGCUGUGCAUGGGUGUUAGUUUGUUGAGUUUGGUGGAGCUGUGUUACUUUUGUACGGUGCGUCCCUUUUCACUGUGGAGGAAGCAGAAACGUGCCGAAGUGGAUGCGAAAAACUUGAAAUAUGACGAAGUGCCGGGAAUAAGUUUGCUGUCGAUGUCGAUGAAAGGAGAUAAGGAGUUACAGUGA